CCCCGAUCGCCGCAGGCGCCGUUAUCUUCCCUUCGCGCAUGCGGUUUCCCUCCUUCAAGCGUCGCGCGGUUGUUGGCGCAUGCGUAGAAGCCUCCCGGUCCUCAUGGCACAUGCGUACUAUGUAGAGCCAUCUUGGUCCCGGGCGCGCCUGCGCACCUGCUCCCUCCUUCUCCCGGUGCGGUAGCCCCGGUCCUCCCCUGCUCCGGUUGCCCCGCGCGGACCCCUCCCCUCCCCGCCCGGUGCCGCCAUGUCCGCGGAGCAGGUGGGCAGCCUGUGCGAGCAGCUGGUGAAGGCGGUGACGGUGAUCAUGGACCCGGCCUCCACCCAGCGCUACCGCCUGGAGGCGCUCAAGUUCUGCGAGGAGUUUAAAGAGAAGUGUCCCAUCUGUGUCCCCUGUGGUCUGAAGCUGGCAGAGAAAACCCAGACAGCCAUUGUCAGGCACUUUGGUCUUCAGAUCUUGGAGCAUGUGGUCAAGUUUCGCUGGAACAGCAUGCCUCGCCUCGAGAAGGUCUAUCUGAAGAACAAUGUCAUGGGGCUCAUAUCCAAUGGAACACAGAAUAUUUUAGAAGAGGAAAGUCACAUUAAGGAUGUCCUGUCUCGCAUUGUGGUGGAGAUGAUCAAGCGUGAAUGGCCUCAGCACUGGCCUGAUAUGCUGAAGGAGCUGGACACACUUUCCAAACAAGGGGAGACACAGACAGAACUGGUGAUGUUCAUCCUCCUGCGUCUGGCAGAGGACGUGGUGACCUUCCAGACACUGCCCACCCAGCGGCGACGGGACAUCCAACAAACCCUUACCCAGAACAUGGAGAAGAUCUUCAGUUUCCUGCUCACUACCCUGCAGCAGAACGUCAACAAGUAUAGGCGCAUGGUGGGAGCGCCCCAGGAGCGAGAUGCCCUCACCACUCCACAGAAGACUGACCUGGCUCAGGAACCAAAGGCCCAGGCAAACUGCCGCGUUGGGAUAGCAGCACUGAACACCCUGGCAGGCUACAUUGACUGGGUGGCCAUGAGCCACAUCACAGCAGAUAACUGCAAGCUCCUGGAGAUGCUGUGCUUGCUCCUGAAUGAACCCGAGCUCCAAGUGGGAGCAGCAGAGUGUCUUCUGAUCGCCGUCAGCAGGAAAGGGAAGCUGGAGGAUCGGAAGCCCCUUAUGGUCUUGUUUGGAGAUGUUGCCAUGCACUACAUACUUUCUGCUGCACAGACAGCGGAUGGUGAAGGCUUGGUAGAGAAGCAUUAUGUUUUCUUGAAGAGACUUUGCCAGGUCUUGUGUGCUUUGGGCAGUCAGCUUUGUGCAUUAGUGGGCUCGGAUUCUGACGUGGACACACCAGCCAACCUUGGGAAAUACCUGGAUUCAUUUCUAGCUUUCACAACCCAUCCCAGCCAGUUCCUGCGCUCUUCCACUCAGAUCACCUGGGGAGCCCUCUUUCGACAUGACAUCCUGUCCCGUGACCCUCUGCUGUUGGCUAUGAUCCCAAAGUACCUUCGUGCAUCUAUGACUAACCUAGUGAAGGUGGGCUUCCCCUCUAAAACAGACAGCCCCAGUUGUGAAUACUCUCGCUUUGACUUUGACAGUGAUGAGGACUUCAACGCCUUCUUCAACUCUUUCCGUGCCCAGCAGGGAGAAGUCAUGAGGAUGGCGUGUCGCCUGGACCCGAGGACUGGCUUCCAGAUGGCUGGGGAGUGGCUGAAGUACCAGCUGGCAGCUCUUGUUGAUAUUGGACCCAUGAUCUCUAAGACUGGGGAAGGUCUCUGCUCCAUCUUCUCUCCUUCCUUUGUACAGUGGGAUGCUAUGACCUUCUUCUCGGAGAGUGUCAUCAGCCAGAUGUUCCGGACCCUGGAUAAGGAAGAGAUCCCAGUGAAUGAUGGCAUAGAGCUGCUGCAGCUUGUCCUGAACUUUGAAACAAAGGAUCCUCUCAUCUUGUCUUGUGUGCUCACCAAUGUCUCUGCACUCUUCCCGUUUGUCACCUACAGGCCAGAGUAUCUACCCCAAGUCCUCUCCAAGCUAUUCACCGCCGUCACUUUUGAAGUUAUAGAAGAGAGUAAGGCCCCAAGAACUCGGGCAGUGAAGAAUGUGAGAAGACAUGCAUGCUCCUCAAUCAUAAAGAUGUGUCGGGACUACCCUCAGCUUGUCCUGCCUAACUUUGAGAUGCUGUAUAACCACGUGAAGCAGCUGCUGUCCAAUGAGCUGCUCCUGACACAGAUGGAGAAGUGCGCUCUCAUGGAGGCCCUGGUCCUCAUCAGCAACCAGUUCAAGGACUACCAGCGGCAGAAGGUUUUCCUGGAGGAGCUCAUGUCUCCUGUUGCCAACCUGUGGCUCUCUGAAGAGAUGCAGAGAGUCUUAUCAGAUCCUGAAGCUUUCAUCUCCUACGUGGGUGCUGACAACAAAAUCGCUGAUCCCGUCUUGGAAGAUCCCAGUGGCCUGAACCGCUCCAGAAUAAGCUUUUGCGUGUACACCAUUCUGGGAGUUGUGAAACGGGCUCGUUGGCCCACUACCCUGGAAGAGGCUAAGGCCGGAGGAUUUGUGAUCGGGUGCAUGCCCAGCGGCAAUCCGAUCUACCGUAACCCCUGCACUGAGCAGGUCCUGAAACUUCUCGACAACUUGCUCGCUCUCAUAAGGACCCACAACAAUCUCUACAUGCCAGAGAUGGUGGCUAAGCUGGGGGAAACAUUUGCAAAGGCUUUAGAUAUGCUGGAAGUGGAGAAGAAUGCCAUCCUAGGCCUCCCUCAGCCUCUCCUGGAGCUUUAUGACUCUCCUGUUUACAAAACCAUCUUAGAAAGGAUGCAGGGCUUCUUCUGUACCCUCUAUGACAAUUGUUUCCACAUCCUGGGUAAUGCCGGCCCAUCAAUGCAGCAAGACUUCUACACUGUUGACGGCCUCGCCAGCCAGUUCCUCAACUCAGCCUUCGUUAACCUCAACAAUAUUCCCGACUACAGGCUGCGCCCCAUGCUUCGUGUGUUUGUGAAGCCUUUGGUUCUCUCCUGCCCCUCGGAGCACUACGAAACCCUUCUCUGUCCCAUGCUCGGCCCGCUCUUCACCUAUCUACACGUGAGACUGUCCCAGAAAUGGCAGGUCAUCAGCCAGCGGAGCAUACUUUGCGAGGAGGACACAGCAGAUGACAACCCUGAGUCCCAGGAGAUGCUUGAGGAGCAGCUGGUCAGGUUGCUGACCCGGGAAGUCAUGGAUCUUAUCACUGUUUGCUGUGUUUCAAAGAAAGGCGCUGCUGAGCAUAACAGCUCUGCUGCUGCAGAUGGAGACGAUGAUGAGAUGAUGUCCACAGACGUGACCCCACCUUCCAGUGCAGAGCUAACUGAGCUGGGCAAAUGUUUGAUGAAGCAGGAGGAUGUCUGCACUGCGCUGCUGAUCACGGCCUACAGAUCCCUCUCCUGGAAGGACACCCUGUCCUGCCAAAGAACCACCACGCAGCUUUGCUGGCCACUGCUCAAACAGGUGCUCACAGGGAAUCUGCUCCCUGACGCAGUGACCUGGUUCUUCACCGGCGUGCUGAAAGGGUUGCAAACACACGGACAGCAUGAUGGCUGCAUGGCAGCUCUCGUCCACCUGGCUUUCCAGAUCUAUGAGGCUUUGCGCCCGCGCUAUGCUGAGCUGAAGGCAGUGAUGGAACAGAUCCCAGAAAUCCAGAAGGAAUCGUUGGAGCAGUUUGACUCCAAGCUUCUCAACCCAACUCUGCUGAAAGUGGCAGAUAAGCGCCGGAAGGACAAUUUCAAACGCCUCAUUGCAGGCUGCAUUGGGAAGCCUCUGGGAGAACAGUUCCGCAAAGAGGUUCACAUCCGGAACCUCCCCUCUCUCUUCAAAAAAGUGAAGCCGUCGCUGGAGACAGACGUGCUGGAGAACAACGAGGAUGGAGAAGGCCUCACUGCACUCUUUGAGCCCUGAGCUGGGGCACGUCAGCCUCCCCCACCCCCACUUCAUAUUUUCUGUCUCCUCUUGUAGUAACCACAUUAGAUUCCUCUUCUCACUCCUCCAUGAGCAUUUGCCUAAACAGAGCACCCCCAAUCUCAUCCCCAUACUUUUCCUGUGCGGGGAUGUGCCCUGAGUUCGGACUUGAUCCAGCCUGUCAAGCUUUCCCUGAUUUUCCCAUCGGAUUUGCAGCUUUUGGCUUCAGCUUGUGUGCAAGAUGAGAGCUGUGCACAUAGACUCCACUAGGUAGAGCCUUGUCAUUUUGCAGCCUUGGGUCACUUGAACCCCACCUGCUUCUGGGCUAGUCCCUCAGGAGUUAGGUUUAAUGGGAGAGGCAGAACGGUAUCCCAGCGAAGAUGGCACUCCCCAGCCUCACUCUGAAGGGAGGGAGCCAGGCUUCACCUGGGAUGCAUCACACUCCUGUUGUGCCCACCACUGGCUGUCCCCAUCUGGCAUCAUCUCCAGUGUGACGACAGCAGAGGGCGUGUUUUCUGGUGAAUCUCUUUCCCUCUCAGACUACUUGAAAGCAGCCCUAGUUUUCUCAGCUGUGAUUGCUUUCCAGGCUGGAGGCUGCAUGCUUGGGAGCGUUACAGUGCCCUAGAAUCUCCCAGAGUCAGUGUUCUCAGUCUGAUUUUUAAAACACUCUUCCUCUCUGGAAGGAGACAGACGUCGUCGUAUGUGUGCUCAGUAGAACUUACUCCACAAGGAUCCAAAUGGAAAGCUGGCUUAGCCUUAUGCCAGUUUCUAUCAAAAGCCCCUCUGGACUGGGGCAGGAAUGUCACGCAGCAUUCCCUGUGGACUGGAAAAUGACAGGUGCAGAGUAUGGAAAAUCUGGACCAGUCUGCCAAGAGCAUGUAAACCCUGAAGGGGGUCAGCCCUCAGUGUUUCAUGGGGAUGACAGUGGGCCUGCAUUCUGCUUUAAAGAUAUGCAUUGUCCCGCAUCACCGUUCUUCCUGAAAUCUUGACCUCCUGUAGCCAGGGUUGAGGAAGAUAGGGGUUAAAGUCCUGAUCUACCAUUUUAGCAGAAUAAGGAAGUGUGGACUGAGAUUUGAACCCUUCUGUGCCCUGUUCUGGUGGCAGUGAGAGUGGUUUAGUCUCUGCUGAGGAUCAAGUGUUGUGGCAGGAGUUGGGCUCCGUAAUGCAAAUUGUAUGGUGGGGGAAGGUCUUUAUCCAAAACGAGCUUUUAUGGUUUGCCAUCCAGGGUACUGCAAAAGAACAGAGAACUGAAACCAAUGAGAAGUGUAUUGACUAGGCUGGGGCCUGGACAAGGAGCAGAACAGAAAUCUUAGGAGAAUGGGGCUGGAAAGAAGAGCAGGCCUUGGGAACGCAGCGUGACCAUCCCUGUGGCCUGAGCCCACUCAUCCUAUUGCCCUUGGUACAUGGUCCCUUCUACUCUUUGCCUCAUAAUCUUUUUACUUACUCCUGAGCUGAAGUGGCUCCUGGCCUCAGCAGAGGCUGGUUGUAUUUAUUGUGUUGUGGUAUUUUUAACAUUGUGACUUCAUGCUAGAAACAAAGAUUUUUUUUAAAUGGUUUUUAGAGCCUUCUUUUGUAGGAAUAUUAAAUACGAAGCUGUCUCUGGAUUGGUUGUUAAACCUCUGAAUGUCAGUAAAGGUAUUUCGGUUUCAUA